CAGAAAGAACAGUAAAAAUACAGGCAGGGCACAGGACAAAGCACUCGGGACAGAAUUUCUAAGAAAAUGACAGUUUCAAAAAAUGUUUAAAUUUGCCGCUGUUCCCGCCACCGAACGUCCCGACGCUCGCAGGGACUGGAACAUGGAACCCGGAUACCGGCAUCGGCCGGAGGAGAUGGCCGGGGACGCUGCAGGGGACGCAUCGCGGGAGCGAAGGACAAGGUAAGCACUGCAGGGAAUCCCUGAGCAACGCCGCAUGGUAAGCCCGAGUGUAGCUCGGGGUUACCGCUUUUGGUACUGAAA